AUGUUCAUUAAUGUGUUUACUUAUGAAGAUAAUAAAAAUAUAGUACCACUACAAAUAUUUGAUAUUCAAAAAGAAACUCAUAUUAAUUUAUUUUAUAUUAAAGAAAAAAAUAAUGAACAUUAUUGUUUGAUUAGAAACUUAAUGAGAUUAGUUGAUUUGCAAAAAACAAAACAUACCCAUAAAACACAUUUAUGCAACAUGUGUUUAUCCCAUUUUCAUACUGCGGAAGGUCUAACAAACCAUAAGAAAUAUUGUAGAAAUAAUAAAUGUGCUAAAGCAAUAUUACCGAACAUAUCUAACUGUAUUCUUAAAUUUGAAAAAUACCAACAAUCUUAUAAAGCUCCUUUUGUUAUUUAUGCUGAUUUCGAAAGUAUGCUAUCCAAAAUUGAUACAUGUCAACCUUCUGAUACAGCUUCCUUUACAAAAACAUACCAAAACCAUUUAUCUGUUAGUUUUUGUUAUAAUGUUAAAUAUACUUGUAGUAAUACUAGUAAAAAUAACCUAGUAGCAUAUUCAGGUGAAUAUGCAGCAAAAGUUUUUUAUGAGAAAAUAAAAGAUGAAGCUCUUUAUAUUGCAAAAAAUUAUUUAGAUGUAAAAAAACCUAUGAUAAUAACUAAAGAACAAGAAACAGAAUUUGAAAAAGAAAAUGACUGUCAUAUAAACGAAAAAUCUUUAAGUGAUUUACCACCAAUACUAGUAAAAAAAAAUAGAAUACUUGAUGAAACUAUUAAUUAUUGUCAAUUUGAAAAUUUAGAUUUAGAAAAUAUAGAAAAUAUAGAAGAAGAAACCGAAUAUUUUAAAAAGCGGCUUGAUGAAUUAAUGAAGGAAAAACAGAUGUUUUUUGAAGAACUGGAAGAUAAUAUAAAAAAGGUUAAAGAUUACGAUCACUUAACAGGAAAAUAUCGAGGAGCUGCUCAUUCUAUAUGUAACUUAAAUUAUAAGGUUCCUAGAUUUAUUCCAGUAUUUUUCCAAAAUCUAUCUGGUUAUGACUCACAUUUAUUCAUAAAAGAAUUAGGUAUUGAUAAAGAUAAUAUAAAGACAAUUGCAAUUAGUGAAGAAAAUUCUGUAUCAUUUUCAAUAAAUAUACAAUAUAUACAUAUAGAUCCAAUUACUAAAAACCCUGUUUUAGAUCAGAAAGGAAAACCUAUUUUUAAAACAGUUGAAAUAAGAUUUCUUGAUUCUUUCAAGUUCUUAUCUAGNGGUAUUGAUAAAGAAAAUAUAAAAACAAAUGCAAUUAGUGAUGAAAAUUAUGUAUCAUUUUCAAAAAAUAUACAAUAUAUACAUAUAGAUCCAAUUACUAAAAACCCUGUUUUAGAUCAGAAAGGAAAACCUAUUUUUAAGACAGUUGAAAUAAGAUUUCUUGAUUCUUUCAAAUUCUUAUUUAGCUCUUUAAAAAAAUUAGCUAAUACUUUAGAACCAUACCAGUUUAAAGAACUAUCUAAUCAUUAUCCUGAACAAUUGGAUUUAGUAAAAGGAAAAUUAUCAUAUCCCUAUGAAUAUAUGGAUUCUCUAGAAAAAUAUGAUGAAGAAUCUCUACCUAAUAUAGAUCAAUUUUACAGCUCUCUUACAGGCAAACAUGUAACACAAAAUGCAUAUGAAAAUGCUAAAAAAAUAUGGGAAAGAUUCGAAAUAAAAAAAUAUGAGAGAUUUUACCAUACUUUAUAA